CCGGUUAGACGAAAUGAAAGCAUAACUUCGACGCAAAAGGGCUUAAUCAUCUUCUGUAAUGUAUACAUUAAGAAUUUUACUUAGACAGACAUCCAGAAAUGUAACAAGGGCUUCAGAUAAGGUGGUUGGUGUAAGAUGUCUCCAAACCCACACCUCAGACAAUGCUGCACAGCCCGCAGUUUCAGCCAAAAGUGAGGAUUUCUCAGAAGUAAGGAAGGACAUGCCUACAAAAGGAAUGAGACCUCUCUACUUGGAUUCACAAGCAACCACACCUUUGGAUCCUCGGGUGUUGGAUGCCAUGCUGCCAUACUUUGUUAGUUACUAUGGAAACCCACAUUCAAGGACACAUGCAUAUGGAUGGGAAAGUGAGGCUGCAGUAGAAAAAGCAAGACAACAAAUAGCAACAUUGAUUGGUGCAGAUCCCAGAGAGGUUGUGUUCACAAGUGGAGCUACAGAGUCCAACAAUAUUGCUGUCAAAGGAGUUGGGAGGUUCUACAAGAGCAAGAAAAAGCACAUCAUUACCACACAGACAGAGCACAAAUGUGUACUUGAUUCCUGCAGAGUUUUAGAGGCAGAAGGCUUUGAUGUCACCUACUUACCUGUGUUAACAAAUGGAUUGAUCGAUAUUCAGAAACUGAAGGAUUCCAUUCGUCCUGAUACCAGCCUUGUAUCAGUUAUGAUGGUCAAUAAUGAAAUUGGAGUCACACAACCUGUAAAGGAAAUUGGUGAAAUCUGUCGGGCCAACAAGAUUUUUUUCCACACUGAUGCAGCUCAGGCUGUUGGUAAGAUGCCUGUAAAUGUGAACGACAUGAAGGUAGAUCUCAUGUCUAUCAGUGGACACAAGAUGUAUGGGCCUAAAGGAGUUGGUGCCCUUUAUGUCAGGCGACGACCCAGGGUAAGGGUAGACGCUCCCCAGAGUGGAGGGGGACAAGAGCGUGGGAUGAGAAGUGGCACUGUCCCUACUCCACUCUGUGUGGGCCUAGGGGCUGCUUGUGAGGUUUCUAUGCAGGAAAUGGAGUAUGACCACAAACGGAUCACAGCUCUGUCCAACAGGCUUAUAAACAGAAUCCAAUCCGCUCUCCCUCAAGUCGUCAGGAAUGGUGAUCCUGAGCGCUCAUAUCCAGGGUGUGUGAAUCUUUCAUUUGCUUUUGUGGAAGGAGAGAGUUUAUUGAUGGCUCUGAAAGAUGUGGCUUUGUCUUCAGGAAGCGCCUGUACCUCUGCAUCCCUGGAACCAUCCUAUGUAUUGAGAGCAAUCGGGGCUGAUGAAGACCUGGCACAUUCUUCAAUAAGGUUCGGGAUAGGAAGAUUCACAACAGAGGAAGAAUUAGACUACACUGCAGACAAAUGUAUUGACCAUGUUACACGCCUGCGUGAAAUGAGUCCAUUGUGGGAAAUGGUACAGGAAGGAAUUGACCUGAAGACUAUACAGUGGUCGCAGCACUGAGCAUACAUCAGGAAGGAGUGUCAAUAUGUCUGUGAUUAGGACUGGUAUUGAUGAGACAUCAGGAGAUAAAGCAGUGUUGUGUGCAUUUACUCUUCUACUCAUUCAUGCUGAACCGUGCGAGGAAAAAAGACUGACAAUGCUACAUCAAAUCCCUGUAUAUUGAUAUUUUCCUUUAUGUGAUUAUAUUACACAUGUCCAUUCUCACAUUUACACAACAUUCUGAAACAAUGAUAAUCAAAGUUUCUCUACCAUCAAAAUUUUGUAUUAUACUAAAGAUAUUAAAAAGUACUGAAAAUGUUCUCUCAUAUUUCUAAAGGGAAGAGUUAUAAUGUACACAAUGUAUUUAUGUAUGUUGACAAGUUCCAGCCUGAACUGUAAAGUUUUCCAUACAAAUAAAUAUUGUUAUGAAAAUGAUGUCAAUUUAAAAAAUACUCCAACAAUUGAAUGUUAGUAAAUGUCAAAGAAACUAAUUUUUGCCCCAGUAUUUGAUACAUUUAGGGAAAAUGUUAUUGAAAUAAUUUUGCUUCAACUGUGAAACUUUUUCAACUCUUAAAGCAUUUACCAUUGGAAAAAUCAAAAUUCCUUUUAAAUCGUAUGCCUUGCCUGGAAUUGUAUCAGAUUACAUUUGUUUUCUUCUUUGUCAUUAACAAAAUCAGACACCAGUUUGUACAAGAUCAUAGUCUGCUUACAGCUUUAUCAAAAUGUAAGUGAUCACAAAUUGUUGACAGAUUGCAUUGAUAUAUUGUAAAUGCAAGAGAUUUUAUUUCUUGUCUCAGCCAGUCAGAACAUGCAUUUAUUGCCUUAGCUUGGUUACAAAUGGAGAAACUACGGCUCAAAUUUGUUGUUUUAUUUUAUUGUAUACUAAAUUGGCCUCAUUUAUGUUUAUAGACUCAUAGUUUUGUCAUGUAUGAACAAAACUAAUAAAUACGUUUGAUUUGAUAUUUAAGAUUUUGCCCUUACCAGUACAUAUAACUGUAAAGGCAGAGUGAGGUAACAAGGGCUGAUCAAAGAAUUUUCCAUUAGUAGAUAGAUACAUGUUCCAUGUGUUACACAGUUACAACCAAGCUACUUGCUACAAUCCCACCUAAUGUAAUCAUGUUAUUUGAAAAUGGUGCACUUUGCUGUUAUUUCAUCAUCAAAUUACUCUGUUGUUCUGUCAUAAUGUGGUUUCUGCUUUUUCAGGUAGCUUGGAUAUAUAGAAACUUCCUGGGUAUACUUUGAUACAAAGAAUCUUGUCUGAUCUUAACACUGAGUAAUCCAUGAUCCUGCCUGAUAUGACUUUAUAUUUCAACAUUCUGUUUAUUGUGUCUACCAAUUAGUCCAAAAUCCUUAAUAAUUUGAUCACUGAAUAUGGUAAUAUCAUUUAUUAUGAAAAAAGCAAAUCCACAAGAGAAAACUACUGUUACACAUUGAAUCAACUUAGAAUUGUACAUUUUGAUUAAAAAAAGUAACAAUUCACAAACAUGUACAUCAAGUAAAAUUGACAUUUACUGUAAAACUGAUUUAAGUACAAAGAAUACUGUUGAUAGCAUUUAAAAAAGUAACAUAUGACUCCAAAUCAUCAUUACAUAUUUGUGAAAUAUAAGACAUCUGAGAGAUUAAAUAUUGAAUAUCAAACAGAAAUGUUACGACAUACAGGACUAACAUUGCUCCUGUCAUACUAGAACUUCCACGAUUAAUAUUCUUACUUUGAUAGGAAUUUUUGAAGAAUCAUUUGGUAUCAUUUUUUUUUAAUUCUUUACUUUAUUAGGGACGUCAUUUCAGGCUCUUGUCUACAAGUUGAUAAAAGUCUACUAUCUGAACAUCUUAUACCUUAGAUUUUAGAUGGUUUCAAUAAAUUGUUCCAUAACAUCA